AUGGCUUUUACCAGUUUAAUUACUGCGAUUGUAUUAACGAGUUUGGGUGUGCUGAACGUGGAAGGCACAGCUAAAGGAGCUGUUCCCCUGGAUACGCUAACUUUCGACAAGGUAUUUUUAAAUCAUACAGUGUGUGGCUUUGUCCUUAACCAAAAUCGCCAAAUUUGCAAACUGAAAUAAAGCUGAUGGUUUUAGCAGCUUAACUUGCAUUUUUGUCAAAGAGAAAAAAAUAGAAGCCUCAGAUAUGUUACAUAUUAUUGUUCUCACGACCCUUUUAUUUAAAAUAACCGAUCAACAUGGAGUGAUGAACAGCUCUACCUUGCACAUGUAUCCUCUACCUUCGUUAAUUAAUUAAUAGGACAACGUGCUUUCAUCUCAUUGGCCGACUUGAAAGCUUUGAUCUGCAAACUCUACUUUUUCAUUCAUUUUUAUUUUCAAAGCCACGUAAAAAUUUAAUUUGUUAGUAUUCCGUAAGCGUUAUUUUUAUUACAGCUGUACUUACAGGCCAUGAAAUUAUGAACGUCACUCUUUCAACGAUCUGUUUUAGUCAAGUGACUUUUUUUCUUCACCAACUUUACUCUGAGGCAGGUCAUUGGAAAACACAAAGCAGUGCUGGUUAAAUUUGACAAGCAGUAUGCUUAUGGAGAAAAAGAAGAUGAGUUUAAAAAGUUUGCCGAGAAAGCUUCUUCUCAGCCUGACUUGUUGGUAGCUGAAGUUGGAGUGUCAGGUACGAAAAUGAUGAAGGAUGCAUUUCUCCCUACAAUAUUCAUUUGUUUUCGAACAGAAAGUUACUGCAAAGGAAUGGAAAUAUCAUCAAGGAAAUAUUGCUUGAUUUAACCCUUUCACUCUCAUGAUCUCUUUAGUAAUUCUCCCUACUAUCUGCCAAACACUGCUUAUAGUUUUAGUUUGGAGAAUUUGGUAUUGAAUCAAAUGAUAAUCCACUAAUUGAUAUUUUUCUAUAUUCUCAUCACUUGUUCACUUGAGAUUGUGUUGAUAUUUUAAGGAGAAAUUCUGUCUUGGUCACUAUUGGGAGUGAAAGGGUUGACAUCAUAUUACCUCACUCAGAUAGGAUAUAUGAAAUUUAUAGAAGAUGGUGUAGAGAACUGACAUUUAGGUACUGAGAAGGAAAUGGAUGAUGGACCAUUCGACACAUAUGACUUAAACCUGGAAAUUUAUAUUCAAGCUUAUCCACCCUAAUAGGGAAAACAUAUUUUAAAUUAAUGAGUUGUUUUGUGAUUUAUUAGCUCAUGUAUGAAUGUGAAAUUUUUAAGGUAGGUCUUGGUAAGGGUUUUACAGUCCAGUUAUCUUCUUUUUACAGAAUAUGGUGAAAAAGAGAAUGACGACCUGCGGGAGCGUUUUGAUAUUAGCAAAGAUGAUUUUCCUGUGUACAAGCUGUUCAAACAAAAUGAUGCCAGCCCAGUUGAUUUCAAAGGAGAAGUGAACGCUGAUGAACUUGCUAAGUUUGUGAAAACCAACUCACGGCUGUGGAUAGGUAUGUUAACUAUUUUGGUGGCAAACCACUAAAGCAGGUUUUUUUUUCCACCAUGAAACUCAGAAAACCUUGGAAACAAGAAUCUAAGUUAGAAAUGAUCACCAACUAAAGAGGCUCUUGAUUGUUAUAUAAAUUCUCCUUGUCAGCAUCUCAAGACAUGUAAAGAGAACAGUAUAUAGAAUAUACAUACCAUUGCUUUACGUUCUUGGGUAGUUUUUAUUAUUCAGAAGGUAGAUAGCUUGUGGAGCUGGUAGUUUUUUUGCAGUUUUAUGCUAUGCUUAUUCUCUUGGCUUUGCUAUUCAUUGUCUUUAAGUUCCCACAAAACCACCAGCAGGUAGAGGGUAGUGGGUUGAUGUACAUUGUGGUUAGGAGGUGGGGGGGGGGAGGGCAGUUGCUAUAAAAAGUUAUGAAAAGAUGCUGGCAUAAGUAAUAAAUAAAAUGCAUAAAAUUAAUGAAGUAUGUUUGGCAAUUAACCCUUUCACUCCCAAGAUCUAAUUAGUAAUUCUCCUCACUAUCUGCCAUACAAUUCUUAUGAUGUUAGUCCAGAGAAUUUGGUAUUGGAUCAACUAAUAAUCCCAUGAUUGAUAUUCUUCUCUAUUCUCAUCACCUGCCUGCUUGAUAUUGUAUUGAUAUUGUAAGGAUAAAUUCUGUCUUGGUUACUUGUGGGAGUGAAAGGGUGAAAUGAAAUCUAAAUGGAAUAUAAUUUUAAUUUAUAUUCUCUUUACUGUAGGAAUGCCAAAUUGCAUUGAGAGGUUUGACAGGCUUGCUGAUGAUCUUUUGAGUAGUGACAAUUCUGCCUAUGCUGAUAUCAUUCAGAAAGCAGAAAAAGCCUUGGAAGAAAGCACAGAUGAAAAGGAGAAGGCUAGUGGGGACAUUUAUGUUAAAAUUAUGAAGAAGAUUCAGGAGAAAGGAGUUGACUAUGUGGACAACGAGGUCACCCGUGUUCAAAAACUCUUGAAAGACAAAAUCACUGAUAAGAAGAAAGACCAAUUUAAAAAGCGUUUAGAUAUUUUAACUUCCUUCCAGCACAGUAAGCAAACUAAAGGAAAAGAAGAAUUGUAAUAA